AUGAAACACGUUGUUGCGUUAAUCCGUUCGAUUGGCCGUAUUGCUAAGACUUUCUCCGUCGGUUUUGUUUCCCAGAGUUUGUUGUGCUCAAACUCCCUUCUUUACUGCUGGUCAUGGAUUCCAGUAGACGAUUUAGGGUUGCUUCGAUGUGAGAAAAUUUCUCCGUCACUCCGACCUACAACUUCUGCAUCUCGUCUUGAAGGUUUCCCAGGCUUGUCUCCAACAGCUCAAUACGGUCCUUGUUCGAAGCCAUCUUCCCUGGUUUGUUGCGUUUGA